AUUUUAACGCCUUAAAUUGAUCUAAAUGUUAUGUUUUCACUGCUCUUGUUUCCAGAUGUUGGACAGGAAGUGUUCCCGUGUUUGGAGCUUUAGUUUUGUAUUCAUGAAGGGCGCGGGGAGUCACAGAGGAUGUUCUCGUCUUCGUCCAGAAACUCUCUGUUCUCGCCCUGGACGUCCAUGGAGCAGUCGGACGCUGAAGUGUUGGACAUCAGCACCAAGGUGCAGCUGCACGGCGUGCUGUGGAAGAGACCGUUCGGACGCCCGUCAGCCAAGUGGUCCCGCAGGUUCUUCAUCAUCAAAGACAGCUUCUUACUUUACUAUGCCGAGAGCGAGAAGAGGAACUUUGAGACCAACAGGUUCUUCAACAUCCACCCCAAGGGAGUCAUUCCUCUGGAGGGUUGUGUGGUGUCAGCCAACGAUAACCUGGGCAUGCCCUUCGCCAUCGUGAUCAACCUGGAGGACUUCACUGGCACCGUCGUGGUGGCUGCUGAGUCCGAGGAGGAGCAGGUCCAGUGGAUGGAGAUGCUGCACGAGUCGGGAAAAGUCACGUGGAAGAACGCUCAGCUGGGGGAGGCCAUGAUCGAGAGUCUGGAGGCUCAGGGUCUGCAACUGGCCAAGGAGAAGCAGGAGUACCUGGACAAACUGAUGGAGGAGACGGAGGAGCUGAGUCACCAGAGAGCUCAGAGAGAGGAGCUGGAGCGUCUGAACCAGGUCCUGGAGGAGGAGAAGAUGAAGUUUGAGGAGGUGGUGCUGGAGCUGAAGGCCGAGCAGGAGCAUAUCAGACUAGACCUGGAUGGUACGGCUCAGUCCCUCAGAGGUGUGGAGAGCGAGAAAGAAGAGCUGAGCACUUUAACCGUCAAGCUGCAGAAAUCCAUCGAGGAGCUCUCUCAGGAGAAGCAGCGGACUCUGGAGCUGCUCGGGGUGAAGGAGGAGACGGAGGUGACGGAGGAGAACUCAGCCUGCAGGACGUCUGAGGACGGGGAGGACCUGGGAGACGUGGAUCUGCUGCAGGACCUGAGACACAUCGAGGAGCAGAUGAAGAUCCUGCUGAAGGAGAAGGACGGCGCGGACGAGAAGCUGAUGGAGAACGAGCAGCGAGCUAAAGUCCUGCAGCAGGAGAGAGAGUUCUACUCGUCUGAGGCUCGGACGCUGCAGCAGUCGCUCUCUCAGCUGACUGCGGACAAACAGCAGACGGAGGCCGAGCUGAAGGCGGAGAUCGAGUCUCGGAUGGAGCUGGAGAAGAGGCUGAAGCAGGCGGAGGAGGCUCUGCAGGACCUGGAGAAAGGCCUGAACUCUCUGGAUCGAUCCCAGGAGAGAGACGAGAAGAUGAAGGGAGACGUGACUCAGCUGAGGAGGUUCUUCGAGGAUUGCAUCUGUGCCGCAGAGAUCGAAGCGAAGCUCCCGGCGAUCAUGAAGAACGCCGUGUAUCUUCACAAAGCUGCUGCUCGACGAAUCAAGAGCUGCAGGAUCCAGAGGAGAGCCUCCAGACGCCACUGGUUAAAACACUCGAAGUCGUUCGCCGUUGCUCCCUGUGACGAAGGAGACAUGGACGAGCUGCGAGAGACGGCCAAACGACUGACGUCCGACAGCAACUUCAGAGAGAGCGUGUACAAGAUCAUCACCCGUAAAGACGCCACAAACAAAUUAGAGGACUGAGAGAGAGAGAGAGGUAAAAGAGGAGGGAUGGUCCUUAGCUUGACCUCAGUCCACACUCUGAGAGAUGUAGAGAUCCUGAACCCAAACCCCAAAAUCUGUAGACGAUGGAUCUGAAGUUUCUAAAACAGAGCUGUGAAAAGCUUAGCACUGACUCAAACUGAACCUUUAUAAGUAACAGUACUGGUUCUCUGGACUGGUUUGUAGUCCUUUAAGACCAAACAGUUCCAGGAACCAAAACAAGUCAGGAGCAGAAAGUCCGCUUCCUGUCAAAAUCUACAAAAAUGUGACAAAGGUAAAUGACAAUUAAGGGUUAACACCUUACCUCUCCUGUCUCCUCUAGAGAUGGAAUGCCAGAUUAGUUCCUGAUUAUAGUUCCUGAUUAUAGUUCCUGGUACUGUUUGUUAAAAAAUGAGCCAUCAGAAACAUUUUUCCAAAUUUAUAAUCGUCUCAUUUCCACUGCAGGGAUUUAGCUCACAGUCUAGGAACUGUUCAAGGAACUUACUGCGUUACCGUCAGAGAGGCCAGUGUCUGAAUUAAAUCCCCAGGACUUCAAUUUGACCCCCCCAAAAGUUCCUGUUCUGGGUGAAGGCAGAAUAACAUGUGCUUUACAUUCUUUACUUACUUCAAGCUAAAUGUUUCUGUACUGACGCUCAGAGCACUAAGUUUAGUUCCUGGUUCCUCCAGUCAAAAUGCUGGAGUUUGAAAUGACCCAUUAGUUCCUCGGUUUAGUUCCUGUAACUGUAUCAUAGAAAGGAGUGAUGAAAAAACCUCCAGGUUUGAUUUCACCAAAGAGUAAUCAUUGCUCAGUUUCAGAGGUAGGAACUUUCAAGAGGGACUGAGAACUAUUAAAGGAACUUAGUUUGUUUCUGUUGCUUUAUCAAGGACAUUUAUUUACCCUCCAAGAGUAACAGUACAGGAAAUGUUGACGUUGCUUCACAUUAUUCACCCCAAAAGUACGAUUCUGACCCUCAGAGCAGGAACUAUUCUUAGCAUGCUAGAAAGGUUCCUGUUCAGCAAUGCUAAUUUAAUCUCUGAGUUUAAUCUCUGAGGUAGUCUGUUUCUUGUGAAAGAACUUUCCCCAGAGAGCAGGAACACUCAAAAGUUAAAAUUAGCUCUGAGACUAAAAGUUCCUAGUUCUUAUGGUGGAAACGUGACUUUAAAGCUGGGGUUGGUCGUCAGAUUUAGAUCCACUUUUUGUUCUACUGGUUAAAAUGAUCUUUAUGUCCUGAUGGUAAUCAAUA